AUGCGCCAAUUGAAAGCACAGGCAGACGCCAGUAUUCAGAUUGAUACGUCAACCCAGGAUUUGGCAAGACCCCUUGACAGUUCUGAGGUGUGGAGCCCCCUGAGUGGAAAAUCUUCACAAAGUCUACCAGGAACAGCAGAAGAAGCAGAUAACCCGAAUCCUAAUUCCUCUGACCACGAGUCUGACAGUCAAUCCAAAGAUGCACAUGAUGUCACCCACUGUGCCAUAACUGAUGAUGAUUCUGAAGCUUGGGUUCCUCUCAGUGGACAACAAAGUCUGUCAGGAGCAGAAGCCUCUAGGACAUUCGACAAUCUCUCUGAAUCUUGGACCCCUCUUAGAGGACAGCAGUGUCUUUCGGGAGAAGAAGUCUCUAACGUGAUGGGCCGUGAUGAUUCAGACCAUGACUUUGAAAACUUCUCUGAAGACACUCUUGAUGCUCAACCCACCACUAGCCUGCAAGCAGACCGUGGUGAAGUUACGCCCAGAUAUUCUACAUCCCCACUCUUGUUUGAAGAUGAAUGUUCCACAGAAUUUGAUCUUCACUCCAGUGACCCACAACAUUUGAGCCCAACAUCUCAGUCAUCAAACAACUUAAUUCCUGAUGACUUGGAUGAAAGUGUCGACAGCAGUGUGUUUGAAACCAGGCAGUCUUUUGCUGACUCUGAAUCUGUCUUUGUUCAUGGAGAACAAUUUUCCAGUGUAUAUGAAGAUAGUACUGAUGAGUCAAUAAAUGAGGAAACACAUCUGCCAGAGUUCAAUAAUGAAGAGUUUCCUCAGUGUGACGAGAGUGCCCCGAUCUCUUCAGCAACGGAGAUUUUGGAAGGCUAG